AUGACUGUCGAAAUGGACGACCAGCUAAACCGCUUGCUGGCCACGCUGACAACUCGGCAAACAUCCCCACCAACCACGUCACAGGGAAGCUUCGAGCGCUGCACCACGCGUUUUGGAGGAUCAACGAACAGAACAAGGGUCGAAGAAUUCAUCUCGACGAUCUCGAUUUACAAAGAAAUCGAAAACAUUUCUGACGUAAAUGGGAUCAAGGGCCUUCCACUACUACUGGAAGACGAAGCAGCGACAUGGUGGCACGGCGUCAAAGAAGAUGUGACGACAUGGGCUCAGGCCAUGGAUCUGCUGCGCGCCGCAUACGCACCAAGAAGCCCGGAUACGCCGUGUACGCAGAAUUAUUCGCAACAAAGCAGACAGAGAACUGUGCGACUGACGUAUUUGUUCGCUGAAUUAACGCACAAACACGCAGAAGAGAUUCAACUUGACAUGAUAUAG